AUGCACAAUGGCACUUGGAACAAAGUAAGCAACAAGUGCUGGGAAAUACGUGGGAAGACAUUGGGUAUAAUUGGCUACGGCCAUAUUGGUUCCCAACUAUCGGUUCUAGCGGAGGCCAUGGGCAUGUCAGUUCUUUACUACGAUGUAGUGAAUCUAAUGGCAUUAGGCACUGCCCGUCAGGUCCCUACUUUAGAGAGUCUGCUUUCCCAGUCAGACUUCGUCACAUGCCAUGUGCCGGAACUCCCGGAAACGAAAAACAUGAUAGGACAACGCCAGUUUGAACAAAUGCGGGACGGCAGUUAUUUGAUUAAUGCUAGUCGAGGAAGUGUCGUUGACAUCCCGGCAUUGAUCCACGCGAUGCGGUCUGGCAAGGUGGCCGGGGCCGCGCUUGAUGUCUACCCGAACGAACCUGCUGGAAAUGGGGACUACUUCAAUAGCGACCUUAACAACUGGACAGCAGAUCUUCGCAGCCUUAAGAACGUAAUCCUUACUCCUCACAUCGGAGGUAGCACCGAAGAAGCACAGCGUGCAAUUGGUGUGGAGGUGGGAGAUGCUUUAGUGAGAUAUGUCAACGAAGGUACAACUUUGGGUGCCGUCAACCUUCCUGAAGUUGCCCUUCGUUCCUUGACCAUGGAUGAACCGGAACAUGCUCGAGUGAUCUACAUCCAUCAAAACAUCCCCGGUGUCUUACGGAAAGUGAACGAGAUCCUCGGAGACCACAACGUCGACAAGCAAAUGACCGAUAGCAGAGGUGACGUGGCCUACCUGAUGGCUGAUAUCAGCAACGUUGAUAAUACCACUAUCAAAGAUCUAUACGAGAGGCUCGAAAGCCUUUCAUCCCGGAUUAUGACACGGAUAUUAUACUAA